AUGGCCCCGACCCGAAAGCCUAAAACCGACGCGCCGACGCUGCCUCCGGGCCCAAGAAAGCUGCCCAUACUCGGGAAUCUGCACAACCUGAUGGGCCCAACCUUACCCCACCGCCGGCUGAUGGAGCUGGCCGUCGAACACGGGCCUCUUAUGCAACUCCAGCUAGGGGAAACCUCCACCGUCGUCGUCUCCUCGCCGGAGAUAGCCAUGGAGUUUCUCCAAACCCACGAUCUCAACUUCGCCACCAAACCCUUCCUACCUUCCGCCGCCACCCUUCUCUACAACGGCCGAGACAUCGCGUUUGGGCCUUACGGAGACUACUGGAGGCAGAUGCGGAAGAUCUGCGUCGUGGAGCUGCUGAGCCCAAAACGCGUCAGGUCGUUCGGCCCAAUUAGGGCCCAAGAGGUGAACGAGCUUGUGAGGUCCAUAUCCAUGGUAGCUGCGGGAGGAGGGCAUGAGGAGGCUAUAAACUUGAGUAAGUCGCUCUUCUCCAUAACCUAUAGGAUAACUUGCCGCACGGCCUUUGGGGAGAAGGCCCAAAACCAAGAGGAAGCCUUUUCGCCGGUUCUGGAGCAGAUUAUGAAGGCACUUGGUGGGCUCAACCUGUGGGACUUGUUCCCUUCCAGUAACUUGGUGCGUCUAGUGAGCGGGACGGAGAGGAAGCUAAAGAAGCUCCACUCGGAAGCUGAUGUCAUCCUCGAACAAGUAAUCCGCGACCACGUGGCAAGACGAAGAACAGAGAGAGUUGAUGGUGGUGUUGUUGAUGAUCAUGAUAAGGAUCUUGUUGAUGUGCUUUUGAACCUCAGCAGCAAGAAUCAUGGCCUUGGAUUCUCCAUCACCCACUUAGAGAUUAAAGCAGUCAUCCUGGACAUGAUUUUGGGAGGGAGUGACACGUCGGCAGUGACGGUGGAAUGGACAAUGUCCGAAUUGUUAAAGCAUCCAAGAGUGAUGAAAAAAGUACAAAAGGAGGUUAAACAAAUGUUCGAUGGGAAAGGAAUGGUGGACGAAGCGGACCUUGAUGAGCUGCACUAUCUCGAUAUGGUUAUCAAGGAAAGUCUAAGGCUACACCCUCCUGCACCGUUAAUAGCUCCUAGAGAGUGCCGAGAAACAACGGUGAUCAAUGGAUAUCAUAUACCCGCCAAGACUAGGAUCAUCGUCAAUGCAUGGGCUAUGAAACGAGAUCACCGGCACUGGAAUGAACCUACAGAGUUUUAUCCAGAAAGAUUUCUCAAUACUUCGAUAGACUAUAAUGGACAGAAUUUCAAGUUCAUCCCAUUUGGAGCCGGACGAAGAAUAUGUCCAGGAAUACAAUAUGGAACUGUGGUGGUUAAACUUUUACUGGCUAAUCUCCUCUAUCACUUCACCUGGAAGCUUCCCUAUGGCAUCAACCUUCAAGAUUUUGACAUUGAGAGAAGGAAAAAGGAAAGCAAAAGGAGAGAUCAGAGUAGCUAUCGAAGCAAAGUAAAAUCGCCGGAGAAAAUGGAGGAACUUGCUACACUUUCCCUCACCAUCUUCAUACUAAUAGCGACCAGUUGCGUCACUAUUGUCAUGGUCCUGAUCCGAAGGCCCAAACCCGACGCCCCGUUGAUGCCUCCAGGCCCGAGAAAGCUGCCCCUACUCGGAAAUCUGCACAACCUGAUGGGCCCAACCUUACCCCACCGCCGCCUGAUGGAGCUGGCCGUCGAACAUGGGCCUCUGAUCCAACUCCAGCUCGGGGAAACCUCCACCGUGGUCGUCUCCUCGCCGGAACUAGCCAAGGAGUUUCUCCAAACCCAUGAUCUCAACUUCGCCACCAGACCCUUCCUGCCCUCCGCCGCCAUCCUUCUAUACAACGGCCGAGACAUCGUGUUCGGGCCGUUUGGAGACUACUGGAGGCAGAUGAGGAAGAUCUGCGUCCUCGAGCUGUUGAGCCCAAAACGCGUCAAAUCGUUCGGCCCGAUUAGGGCCCAAGAGGUGAAUGAACUAGUGAGGUCCAUAGCCAUGAUAGCUGCAGGUGAACAUGACGUCGAGGCUGUAAACCUCAGUGGGUUGCUCUUCUCCCUAGCCUAUCGUAUAACUUGUCGUACAGCCUUCGGAAACAAAGCCCAAAACCAAGAGGAAGCUUUUUUGCCGGUUCUGCAACAGAUUAUGAAGGCACUUGGCGGUCUCAGCCUGUGGGACUUGUUUCCUUCCAGUAACUUGGUACGUCUAGUGAGUGGGACAGAGAGGAAGAUGAAGAAGCUCCAUGCGGAAGCCGAUGCCAUCCUUGAACAAGUAAUCAACGACCACGUUGCAAGAAUAAGAACAGACAGAGUUGAUGAUGAUGAUGAGCAUCAUCAAGAUAAUGAUCUUGUCGAUGUGUUUUUGAACCUCAACACCAAGAACCAUGGUCUAGGCUUCUCUAUCACCCACGUAGAGAUUAAAGCUGUCAUCCUCGACUUGUUUCUUGGAGGGAGUGACACAUCGGCUGUAAUCGUGGAAUGGGCAAUGUCAGAGUUAAUGAAACAUCCAAGAGUUAUGGAAAAAGUACAGAAAGAGGUGAGAAAGAUGUUUGAUGCCAAAAUAGUAGUGGAUGAAGCAGAUCUUGACGAACUACACUAUCUUGACAUGGUCAUCAAGGAAACUUUAAGACUGCAUGCUCCUGCUCCGUUAAUAUCUCCCAGAGAGUGUCGAGAGACAACGAUGAUUGGUGGAUAUGAGGUACAAGCCAAAACUAGGGUCAUUGUCAAUGCAUGGGCCAUCAACAGAGAUCCAAGACACUGGGAGGAACCUACAGAAUUUUGCCCAGAAAGAUUCAUCGAUACUCAUAUUGAUUACAACGGACAAAAUUUCAAGUUCAUUCCCUUUGGAGCUGGACGAAGAGUAUGCCCCGGGAUACAAUCAGGGAUGGCGGUGGUUAAACUUUUAUUGGCAAAAUUACUCUAUAAUUUUGAUUGGAAGCUCCCAAAUGAAGACAACUCACUAAAUAUUGACAUGUCUGAGGAAUUUGGGCUUGCUGUGAAAAGGAAAAAUGAAUUAUUUCUCAUUCCUGUACUACGACAUCCUCAACCAGAGUAA